ACACACACACACAAGCAGCGACCGGUUUGUCACAUGACGACCAGCGUGAAGCCCAGUCUGCCUGUGUGUGUUUGGCUCCUAUUUCCGCGUUCACCCACACCGACUGAAUGAGUCUCUACCAGCACCACCAACACCGCCUCCUCCACCGCAGCAGCAGCAGCAGCAGCAGCAGCUCUGUGUCUGCUGCCGCCUGACGCAGAGAAACCGCGUCCCCGUGCGGGCAUCGUCGCCCACCCGCAUCGCUCCGCCGCCCGCAGCAGCCAUGCUCACGCGAGUGAAGUCGGCCGUGGCCAGCCUAAUGGGAGGCGUGAUGGCCGGAGGAUCUAACGGAGACCAUCCCGGCGGCCCGGAUCUGCCGCUCAAAUUUCCGUACAGCAGACCGGAGUUCCUGGGUAUGUCUGCCGACGAGGUCGAGUGCUCGGCGGAUCACAUAGCGCGACCGAUCCUGAUCCUGAAGGAGACCAAGCGGCUGCCGUGGGCCACCGGCUACGCGGAGGUGAUCAAUGCUGGGAAGAGCACCUUAAACGAGGACCAGGCCUGCUGCGAGGUGCUCAUGCUCAAACGGAGGCCUCUGGGGAGCUCAGGGCCAAACCGAAACCCCGCAGCCCGUCGGAGGUCUUCCCUGCCCAACGGAGAGGGCCUCGGCCUCCGGGACGGCAGCGAUGGCUCAGAGGAUCUUACCUUUCACUACUGGGCGCUGUUCGACGGCCACGCUGGUUCUGGGGCUGCCGUCAUGGCGUCUCGUCUUCUCCAUCACCACAUUGCGCUGCACCUUCAAGAGGUGAUGGAGAUUCUGUGCACACCCAACCUGCAGCCGCCCACUUGCCUGGACGAGGAGCCCGUCAAUCACCUCCUGUCCGCAACGUCCAACCGCGCCCUGUCCAGGGCUGCGUCGCUACGAGGAGCCGCGGGCGCCCCGGGUUCGCCCAGCGCCCCGCCACCAACGCGCUUCUUCACCGAGAAGAAAGUUUCGCAAGAAAGCCUGGUUAUCGGAGCCAUAGAGAACGCCUUCAAAGACAUGGACGUGCAGAUCGAGAAGGAGAAGGCGUCCUUCAACAUCUCAGGAGGCUGCACCGCUCUAAUGGUCGCCUGUCUGCAGGGGAAGCUGUACGUCGGCAACGCAGGGGACAGCAGAGCGAUCAUUGUGCGAGCCGGGGAAGUCAUUCCCAUGUCCUCAGAGUUCACGCCGGAGUCAGAGAGACAGCGGCUGCAGUUUCUGGCGUACAUGCAGCCACACUUGCUGGGGAACGAGUUCACACACCUGGAGUUCCCACGGCGGGUGCAGAGGAAGGAGGUGGGGAAGAGGAUGCUGUACCGGGACUUCACCAUGUCGGGAUGGGCGUAUAAAACCAUAGAAGACGAUGACCUGAAGUUCCCUCUGAUCUACGGCGAGGGGAAGAAGGCUCGAGUGUUGGCGACCAUCGGCGUCACGAGAGGCUUCGGGGAUCACAACCUGAGAGUUCACGACUCCAACAUUUACAUCAAGCCCUUCCUGUCCUGCUGCCCAGAGGUCAGAGUUUACCCCUUAUCGCAGUUCGAGCACGGAGCAGAUGACGUUCUGAUUCUGGGAACCGACGGCCUGUGGGACGUCCUCUCUAACCAGGAAGUGGCUGAAGCGGUCACCGGUUUCCUGGCAAACUGCGACCCAGACGACCAGCACAGGUACACAAUGGCCGCUCAGGACCUGGUCAUGAGGGCGCGUGGGGAGCUGAAGGACCGCGGCUGGAGGAUAACCAACGACAGACUGGGCUCCGGAGACGACAUCUCCGUCUACAUCAUCCCCCUCAUGUACGGGAACAAGCAGAACUAGCAGAGGAACAAGAACUGCAACCCAAAAGUUUUCCUCUUUUUUUUUUUUUCGUCUUUUUUUUGUUGUUGUUGUUGUAAAGACGUGCAGAUUUCCGGGAGGAUCCGAACCGUUUCUUCUUCUCCGAACUUGGAUUUCUCUU